AUGAACCGAGAGCCUGAGGAGUUCUACCUGGAGAGAAACAUUCUUCGAAAAUAUAGAGAAGGCAUCCCCGAGUACUCCACGGCCGCACGCCGCUGGCCCUUGUAUGCUGUCGAGUACUGGGACACUGUUGGCCCGAUUGUGAAGGAGCUAUUUGCGCGCCACUUCAACUUCAUGCAGUGGGCCCUCGAGUACGCUCGCGAAACCUAUCCGGAAGUAUAUGGCCCUCAAUCGCCAUCGAACGACGCCAUCCUCGAUCUUACCGACGUUUUGUAUGAUGGCACGUUUUCUCCGCUCCAUAUCAGUGCAGCCCUGGGGCUCGAGCAGCUGUGCCUGGAGUUGAUGGAGAAGCCUGAAGUACCGGGCGCCAUGUUCCGGGAGCGCGCUGCCUCGCCUCUGUUCUGCUCUCUCGCCGGGUCUCAGAUAUUCACUUGCCGAACACACAUGGCCAAAUGGCACCAAGUGAUCCACCAGCCCUUUCCGGAGCUGCGCUCUCGUCUGCCGGUCAUCCGGAGGCUUUUGGAGCUGCAUCGCCAGAAACGAAUUGUCUACGAGUCGACUGGCCGGAAGGGGCGCUUGUUGGUGUUUCUCGCAUUCCGCGCCACCGUCUUGACAGGAGAGUACAGCAUUUUGAAAUCUGUAUUGCAGGAUGGCGGCGACGUCAGGGCUGUCAUUGACCUGAUCAACGACGACGAGUUUUCGUACUACCAGCCUGCCGACCCAACAAUCACGUCCAAGGUCCUGAGCAGCAUCCUCGACUUGGUCCUUGCGCCGUCCAAGCUCAAUUUAAUCGAGCGGGACAGACAGGCCCUUAUCGACGCUAUUCAGGACGCGUUUCUGCUCAAUGCAGGCGCCCGUGUCACUUCUGGCCAGGUGGAUAUCACAGAUGCUGAGUUCCAGGAAGCGCUCAAGGAUGCUUUUCUAGACGACAGUAUCAUCUGCUUCCGCCGCCUCAUUCACCACCCCAGCUUCGACCCGAACGCCCCAUCUCCGACCGGGCUAGCUGACGGCACCAUACUGCACCAUGCUGUGUGCGAUGGCCUUGUCGAGUUUGCCGAUGUCAUUGUCGAAUGUGGCGGGAAUUUAGACGCGCGGGACCACAUGGGCCGCACCCCGCUUCUCCUAUGCAACGACACGGAAACGCUGGCCAUGCUUGUCAAGGAGCACGGGGCCAAGACGACGGCGGUAGAUCACCAGGGCCGCAACAUCUGGCAUUAUGCCGCGUCUACCAAUGACAUUCCCAUGCUCAUGUGGCUAGCAGGACAUGAUUCCUACAAGCACGAAAAUCUCAGGGCCAGGACGAAGCAAGAUGCUACGCCCAUGGACCUAGCCUUGAAGAGUGGUCUGAAGUCUCUUGACGCCAACAACAAAAUACGACUCGAUGCCACAAUCGUUCUGCAAGUUCUACUGAGCAACGGCGCUCCGCAUGCCGACGAAGUCGAGGGCAUGCGUGCCGAGUUGGCCAUAUCGAAGAUUCUUAAGAGCCAGCCACGCCCAGGAGGGGAAAGUUUCGGCACAAUGGGGAAUAUGUUUCGUGAUAACCUUGCAUAG